AUGGCCCUCACUCGCUACAUGGAUCGAUCCACCGUCACUUUCAUCACUCUCACUGCCUUCUCUUUUACCACCAGACUGAUAUCGACGGCCAUUGUCACGCGUUUGGCCACAACUUUGACGGCGGCACCGAUUUUCCCAUUGGCUGUCACUGCCUCUGUCUUUGAGAUCUUUGCCCUUUCCACUCUGGUCGCUGCCGUCGGCCUCUUCCUGCGUAGGGCUUCCCGGAAUCUCAUCCUGGCUGCUUGGAUUCCUAGUCUGUUUUUCUGUUUCGUCGGCGCUCUCCUUGCCUUGAUCAGUUUUGCCAUUACGAUCUAUUAUGCGGAAGAGAAAGUCGAAAUUCCAGUGGAGGAGAGCGCGCGCAAUCUGGCAGUGGUCGGUUUGGCCAUUGCUGUUUUGGGCCUGAUACCACAGACCUCACUCUUCGUGGUGAUAUGGCCUCCCAAGAAUCGGCUCAGCGCCUACCCGGUCGAGGCAGAGUCAGAACGUCCAUCUUUCGCAGACUCAGAGAAGCUUCGCUCCAUCGGUAUUCACCUUACUGCUCUUUCUCCAGUUCGAGCAAAGUCGUCAAAGUCUGCUGGCGAGCGAGCCUUGUGUUCACACUGUAACACCAUUGAUGGAGCGUGCUCAAAAUGUCCUGCGAGGUUCGGCCUACAGCCGAUGUCUUCCAGAACCAGGUUACUCAUGGGCGCCUCGUUAGUCUCGAGUGACUCGCGGAGCAUGCACUCCCGAUCAGACUCUGUGGCCAUUUGCGAUCCUUCAAGAAACAACAGCGACUUUCGAGAUUGGGACACGUCCGCGGUCGAGGCUCUCGAUAUACCGUUCAGCCCAAAGACAUUCCUCGAACCCAUUCCCGGUUCCCGCCCAGCAUCACCAGCCAAUCCACUGGACGGUCCCUUUGCGAGCGAGGUAGCGGAGCCAGACGAGAUUCCCCUACCCGAUAGCCCACCACAUCCCUCCGCCCUGAAAUCCGGAGGAUCUAUUCGAAACUUUCGACGUCCGAGUGAGAACGAGGAGGCAUUUUACCACCCUCUGUUUCGCGCCGAAAGCCCUGCACCUCCUUCCAUUUCCGCAGGCACGGUGAUUACAGCGUCACCAUUCGCAGGGGAAGUCGUUAGUCCGGAACUGGUCGCUCCACGAAUACUCCAUUCUGCAUGUUCAAGUCGACCAGCAAGUCCCGCAUUGCUGUCUCCUGGCCUUGCGUCUCCCAUGCGAAGUCAUGCUGGGAGCAUCAGGAGCUUCCGAACGGCACCCAACUCUCCCACCUACCCUCUAACCCCUUUUGAGCCCGUUCAUCUUGGAUAG